UUAUGUCAUAUCGUACACGUAAAAAAGGACGAUAUUACAACAAAAAUGGCGACCCGGCUGCUACUACAGCGAAAAAGAAUUGUCGGGGGAACAACAAAAUAUUUUGAACGAAUAAGAAAUCACCUACUUGACAAUUAUACACCAUUAUGUGGAUGCAUUCAUAUAUAUUAUGCAAGCACACAGUCAAAUUCACCAGAGAUUGUUGUACCAAUUAGUAAAGUUUUAAUUGCUAACAGAGGUGAAAUAGCAUGUCGUGUAAUGCAGACUGCUCGUAAAAUGGGAAUACAGAGUGUCGCAUGUUACAGUGACGCUGACAGAAAUGCAAUGCAUGUAUCCAUGGCUGAUGAAGCUCACUAUAUUGGGCCAUCCCCUGCAACAGAGAGUUACCUACGCAUGGAUAAAAUAAUAGCUGCAGCCAAACGGAGUGGAGCACAGGCUAUUCAUCCCGGUUAUGGAUUUCUAUCCGAAAAGCCUGAAUUUGCAAAUUUAUGUGAGGAAGAGGGUAUUAUAUUCAUUGGACCUCCAUCAAGUGCAAUAAAAGACAUGGGAAUUAAAAGUACUUCAAAACAUAUCAUGUCAUCUGCUGGUGUACCUAUUAUAGAGGGUUACCAUGGAGAUGACCAAAGUGAUCAAAAAUUGUUUGCUGAAGCAGAAAGAAUAGGUUUUCCAGUGAUGUUAAAAGCUGUGAGAGGUGGUGGUGGAAAGGGUAUGCGAAUAGUGAUGCAACCAAGAGAUUUUCAAGCCGCACUCGAUUCAGCACGUAGUGAAUCACUGAAAGCAUUUGGUGACGAUAAUAUGCUAGUUGAAAAAUUUGUUGAACGGCCCAGACACGUAGAAGUUCAAGUGUUCGCGGACAAAUAUGGAAACACAGUGUAUCUAUUUGAGAGAGAUUGUAGCGUUCAAAGACGACAUCAAAAAAUUAUAGAAGAAGCUCCUGCACCAGGAGUUUCGGAAGAAGUGAGAGCUGAACUCGGAAAUGCUGCAGUCCGUGCUGCUGAAGCUGUUGGCUAUGUUGGAGCAGGAACUGUGGAAUUCAUCAUGGAUAAACAUCAAAACUUUUAUUUUAUGGAAAUGAACACUCGAUUGCAGGUUGAACAUCCUGUCACUGAAAUGAUAACAGGUAUAGACUUGGUGGAGUUACAGAUACGAGCCGCUGCAGGCGAGCAGUUACCUUUCUCUCAAAGUGAUCUACGUGUAAAUGGUCAUUCGUUUGAAGCGCGAAUAUACGCAGAGGAUCCCGACAGUGACUUUUUACCUGGUACUGGUCAUCUCUAUUAUCUUUCUACGCCUUCUCCAUCAUCUGAUGUUCGUGUGGAAACUGGGGUUCGACAAGGUGACGAAGUGAGUCAGUUUUACGACCCUAUGAUUGCGAAACUGGUAGUGUGGGAUAAAUACAGAUCAACCGCACUUCGAAAAUUAAGACAAAAAUUACACGACUAUCAUAUCGUCGGUUUGAGCACAAAUAUAAAAUUUCUUGGUAACCUGGCGGCACAUCCUAGCUUUGUUUCUGCUGAUGUACACACCUCGUUUAUAGAUGAUCAUUAUAAAGAAUUAUUUCCAAAGAAGCAAUCAUUAUCUGAACACCAACUUGCACAAUCAGCGUUAGCACUUUUGUUGUACGAUGAACAACAUCAAGUCGAGAAAAAACGUAAACUCGACGAUCAUUCGCCAUUCGGAGGUGGUAGUUCUUUUCAAAUGAAUGUGGACAGUCAUAAGAAAAUGUUGUUAUCUGAUGGCGAAAACGAUAUAGUGGUAACGAUAACGUAUUUGAAAAAGAGACAAUAUCUUAUUCAGGUGAACAAACAAGAAUUUUUGUGUCAUGGUCGAAUGUUGGAUGAUGGCUACAACAAUCACGUACAUGUAAAUAUUGAUGGAAAAAAUGAAAAGUUUUCUUUUGUACCUAGCGCUGAUAGUGUACAUAUAUUUACCAAGGAUGAUCAUUUUAGCGUGGUUAAACCACAACCAAAGUUUAUCCUUGCUGAACUUGAAAGUAAGAUUCCUGCAGGUGCGGUGGCUCCUAUGACGGGUAGCAUACUCGAGGUUCGCGUUGAAGCAGGAGAUGAAGUAAAAGCUGGUGACGUCAUAGCUGUUAUGUAUGCUAUGAAAUUAGAGCACAAUAUUUUAUCUCCAUACGAUGGUACAGUGGAAGAAGUGUUCGUUAAACCAGGUGGUAUGGUCAAUCAAAAUGAUGAAAUAGCGGAAAUCAAAAAAGAAUGAAAACAUUGAUGCUACGAAAUAACAAACACGAAGUGUAGAAAUUUUGCAAUUCCACCAUUGUAAUAUUAAUUUUAAAUUCUAUUUAUAAGAUUUACCCAUAUACGAUCCGCAGAAUGUUCCUAGAGAUAUGAAAGAGAAAGAAAUCGUGGAAAGACAGAACUCUAUAUUAUAUACAUUUAGAAUAAUGAAUAAUACAUAGAGAAAUAAUCUUUUGUAUUGAAAUUUCAAAAAUGUUAAUGUUCCUUUGUA